CUCGUGAGCAGUGAGUAGAGCUUGACUCAUGAUGCUAGGUUCAUUCACUGCACUUGUUAUAGGGUUCACGGCGAUCACCCUAAAGAUCUCGAGCGCAGCAAUGUCAGACAUGCCAAAUUUUGUCUUCGUCAUGGCAGACGAUUAUGGUUGGGGUGAUGUGGGCUACAACAACGGUACUGCUGACACUCCCAAUCUUGAUGCAAUGGCUUUUGGACAGCACAGUUUGAGGCUACAGCGAUACUACAGCGGAGGUCCUGUAUGUUCGCCAACACGUGGUACAGUGCUCACAGGCAGAAAUCACAACAGAUACUGUGUUUGGAGUGCUAACGCAGGAGGAAAUUCUCCAGACUUUAAAAUUCCUGAAACGAUGCCGUUGCCUACAAGUGAAUUUACUGUAGCAGAAGCCCUAAAAAAGGAAAACUACGCUACUGGUUUAUUUGGAAAAUGGCAUCUUGGGGACUUUAGAAAGCUUCCCAAAGGAAACAAGAAGUGGCCUGUAUCUCAUCCAGGAAUGCACGGUUUCGAUACAUGGUUAGCAACUGAACGUUCUGCACCCACAGCAACUCUAAACUGCGGAUGCUUCAAUCAGAGCGAUUGUAUAAAAGGUCACUAUAGUAAUGAGACGUUUCCUUGCACAAAUUACUGGACGAUAGAUCAAAAGAAUAGCCUGAAUAACGUCACUACACUUGAGGAUGGGGAUGACUCACAGUUUAUAUUGGAUCACGUGGAAGAUUUUAUAAAGUCUGCUGUCAAGAACAACAAACCGUUCUUUGUCUACGUUCCCUUGCAUGCAGUUCACAUCAAGUAUAUUGCAGUCGCUCCUUACAAGAGCAUGUACAGCAAGAAAGGAUACGAUCAAAACCAUACAGACUACUAUGGAGCAAUCACAGCAAUGGAUGCUCAGGUGGGAAGACUAAGAAAGCUGUUAGAAGAUCUUGAGGUUCAAAACAAUACUUUGCUAUGGUUUGCAAGUGACAAUGGUCCCGAGCAUCACACGCCUGGCAUGACCAAUGGACUGAGAGGUCGCAAGCGCGAUCUAACAGAAGGUGGUAUUCGAGUUCCUGGAAUUAUAGAAUGGCCUGCAAGAGUAAAGAAAAACCGAGUCGUGCAGUCGCCUGUCGUUUCCAGUGAUCUGAUGCCUACAGUCCUUGACAUUCUAAACCUUUCAAUGCCAGACAAAAGACCAGUUGACGGAGUCUCAGUGUUGCCAGUUAUUGAACAAAAAUCACAAUCGAGACCACGUCCAGCUGGGUUUGCGUACAGAGUGCCAGGAAACUUCAACGGAACAUACAAUGCAGCAUGGGUAGACAACAGGUAUAAAAUAUUUGCUCUCUACAAGAAUGGAGUUGUUUCUGAGUCUUAUUUGUAUGAUCUGGGUAAUGAUAUGGCAGAAACUACUGAUUUGUCAAGUAAAAUGCCACAACUAAAAACGAAGAUGCUCGACGAGAUGGAAGAAUGGCGCCAGACAGUAAUUAUUAGCGCCCAUGGAAUUGGCUGUUUGUCUAAGUCGUGAAAUUUUAACUUUCUUCUGCUCUUGUACUUUGCACGCUUUUACGACAUUUGCGAUUACUUCUACAUUGCAUGAGUUGAAAACGAGUCACACUAGUUACUUCAAAGUACUUCAUGCAAUUACGCGCUGACUAAUUAAAAUUACGCUUUGUAUUUUUUAACAAGUUUGUCGACAAACAAACCGAUGUCUAAAGAUAUGACGCAA